AACGUCACUACUAACAGCCUAUCAAACAAAUGUCGCUGUCAACCCCUUUAAAUUAAAUUCAAGUUAUGAACAUAAUAUUUUAUUCGGAUAAUCAGUCGAUACUAAAAUUUUGGUAACUGUUCAUGAAGACGAAAAUUUAGAAAAUCAAUUUAGUUUUAGAAAAUUAAGUAUUAAAAUGGAAAAUGGAUGCCCAUAUAGUACGAGCAUUGCGAUAAAAAAUGGAAAUUGCAGUCAGGAGCGGGCUUGUAUUUUAUGCGGUCGAGUAAUCGACUUGCUUGUGCUGUUUUAUUGUCCACAAAAUCACCCCUAUUGUGAAAAUUGUUACAUUAAAUUUACAUCAAAAAAGGAAAAUGAGACAAUCUUCUCUUGUCUGGUUUGUAGAUAUGAUCCUAAGAACAAACCAUCAAAUAGCAGCAAGCAACAUAUAGCCUUUAAACGCAACUACCACAAUAUUAAUAAUUUACCAGUCUCAGAGCAAAACUUGAUAGACUAUCAAAAUGAUUUACAUAUUUGCUCUACCGCUCAUAAAGUAAUAAGUGAUCUUAAAAAUGAAGAUGAAGAAAGAUUCAAAAGACUGAUAGGCCUAAGCAAGAAACAUUUUUAUCAAUCGGAUCUUACCUUUGAACCUAGAGAAAAAUAUCAUAACGUUAAAUACAAAUUGACUUUACCAUCCACUGUGAUGAUAUCAAGAAAACCUAUUCGUUGCCCUCAUAAGAUGUGCAAUAAACCUGUUGCACUAUCGCAAUUUGUCAGCCAUUUUAAGUGUGAACACAAAGAUGUACCUAACUUCGGUGUGGAGAGAGGAGAACCUUUUCGGUUAUCUUUAGAUGUAUCACUGAUUGAAUAUGAUAAUCCAUUUUGCAUGGCAAUGAUGAACGUUUAUGAAAUUAAUCGUGUAAAUUAUUUGCGAAACCCUGAAAAAACCGAUAAGGCUAUAAUAAAUACUUGUAAUAAAUUUUGCCAAACGGUACCAAUUAGUACAUUUUGGCUAUUAAUGGCAGGAUCGGAGAAAGGAAACUCAUCUUAUGGAGAAUUUUGGUUAUAUACAAAUUCUGAAGAGGUGCAUCGGUGCACUUUAGAAUUAAGCUCCAGUGAGGAUACCUUCUCAUUGACUAGUUUUUGCCAAGUUUGCAACGCUAUAAAUGAAAAUUUUCUUGAUAUACAAGGUAGAAUGCAUCGCCUCAUGGUGGCAAAAGAAUCGCUGGUGGCUAUGUUGAAGGAAGCUCCUGUUUUGAAUUUAGGAGUCACGGUACAUUAAGCAGCUGAGCGGUUAAGAGUAACUUUAGUAUACUUAAAUAGAGCAUACGGACGCCGAAAUAUUUCUUUUUAAUUUAAAAAUAUACUAUAAAAAAAUUAUUUUUUCCUAAUAAACAAUUUUUACAAAAGAAAUACAUUAUCUAAAUAGAUCUUAUGUCUAUAAACGCUUUGUUUAUUUAUAUUACAUUUACUCUAUAUUUUUCAACUAAAACCCAAAUUUUGCAUAAAUUUGUAAAAGUAUUAAUAGAUCACUUAGAAAAAUUUACCGUUGUAAAUACGAUUUUAUAAUAAAUAAAAUGGUAGGGGUUUAGUUGAUCAAAUUAAAUAUAUAUUGUAAUUUUAUAA